AUGGUAAAUGUGCAUGUAGAUACAACGAUAUCAUCACUAAAAUUAGCAACAAAAAGCGAGCAACAAAUUCUGCAAGUUAUUACAGUCGACUUAGAAACAUCAGUGGAACACGAGGAGGUGAAUCCAGCAGAUGCCCGGCUACCCAUCACUGAAUCAAGAAAGGGCAAUGCUUUUACCUCUGCGUCCCAUUUGCUGUGCUCGGGAAUUGGAAUUCAGACCCUAUCACUACCUAUAGCAUUCCUCACCCUCGGAUGGCUGUGGGGUACUAUUUGUUUGUCUAUAGCAUUUUGUUGGCAGCUCUACACGAUGUGGCUUCUCAUCAAUCUUCACGAAUCGCCAUCAAGAUUUCGUUACAGUAGAUAUCUCCACCUCUCAAUCGCAGCCUUUGGUGAAAAAUUGGGGAAGUUGCUUGCCAUAUUCCCAACAAUGUAUCUAUCAGGUGGUGCAUGCGUCUUGUACAUAAUUACUGCGGGAAAGACCCUGGAAUCUUUCUACCAAGCCAUUUGUGGGGAUGAUAUUGAAUGUAAUCCGAGAUCACUAAGAGGGACGGAGUGGUUCUUGGUGUUCAUAUGUUCGGCAAUUUUGGUGGCUCAAUUCUUUCCGAACUUGGAUUCCUUAGCGCACAUAUCGCUUAUCGGAUCAAUCACAGCUGUUGCAUAUUGUAGCCUGAUAUGGAUUUUGUCCAUCAUCAUGAAGGGUAGGCCCGACCAGAAAGGUCCUUGGGAGGCAAAGAUAUCGAGUUUAGAUAGCAUUUGUAAUGUCUUGAAUGGUCUUGGAAUCAUUGCUCUUGCUUUUAGAGGGCACAAUGUUGUGCUUGAGAUACAGGGGACUAUGCCUACAAACAGAAAACACCCGUCGCACGAGCCUAUGUGGAGAGGAGUGUCAAUAUCAUAUCUACUAAUUGCGAUGUGUCUAUAUCCCCUUGCAAUUGUAGGAUAUUGGACUUGUGAAAAUAUGGCAAGUUCUACAAAUUUUCUGGUUCCACUUGACAAGUUCUACUGGAAUAAUACAUCAAAGUAUAUUGUUGGUACAAUAUACAUGAUAGCGAUGAUAAACUGCUUAUGUGCAUUCCAAAUCUACGCCAUGCCGGUUUUUGACAACUUGGAGCGCCUCUACACUAGCACGAAAAACAAGCCAUGCCCUGGAUGGCUCCGGUCAGGAAUCAGAAUCUUGUUUGGAGGAUUGACAUACUGUAUAGCAAUGGCUUUCCCGUUCUUGGCAAGUCUGGGAGCGUUCAUGGGGGCGAUUGCACUGCCUCUGAGUCUGGCAUAUCCAUGUUUCAUGUGGGUUGCCAUGAAGAAGCCAUGCCGGUAUAGUAAAAUGUGGUGUCUCAACAUAGGGCUGGGUUGUUCAGGAAUGGUACUCAGCGUAUUAUUAGUUGCUGCAUCUUUGAGAUCUUUGGUGGCUAAUGGUCUGGAUGCCAACUUCUUCAACCCCACGUGA